AUCUCUGCUGUUACCGUAUUUGUGGGAAGCUGGGAUGGAUCCAGAGCCUUCUAGAAGGAUGGUACAUUACUGCAAGGUGCUGAUUUUAGAGAAUCAAGAUAGAUGUAUUUAUUGAAGCCCAGGGUUAGAUAUUGCAAAAUUACUUCCAAGUUCUCAGGUUUUUGUUCUGGACUUUUGAAAACCGAUGUUGCAGAGUAGGUAACUUAGCAGUGUGUGCUUCAUUUCGCAUUAAGCUGUGAUAACAAUGCUCACAUCUUUAAGGACGUCUGCUACAAACAAGCAGUUGAGCUGUUUUCUGUAUCAGUCUCCUUUUAAAAUGAAGCAUGAGCAAACAAGAGGCGUUUUGAAAGGAAAAGAAGGUAGAUUUCAGUUAGAAGGAAUACUUGGUGGUGGUUUCAGCAAUAAAGCAAACAGUGCUUAAGCCGAGUCUUACCGUGGCAGUGAAUAUUUCAUGCACGUCACACAAUAAUGUGAAGAAUGCAAAGCCAGGAAGAGCGGGGAAUGUAUUUUGGAAGCUGCAAACCCAAAAAGGAGAAAUUCUGAAUUUGAAGACUCACAUUUCUGAGAGCACAUCGGCCUUAAUCUCCGUUUGGAACAGAAAUCUCAUUACAGCCAGAGAAAAGGAUAUUCCAGGGCUGGAGGAGCCCAGCUCAGCGGGGCGGAAAAGAUCACUGCAGAAACUCAUGUGACAUUGCAGAGACCUGUAGGUAAUUUUAGAUGCUGCAAAAGCAGCGUUCGGAGAUGUAACGGACAGGAGGAGGUGUACUGUUCCUUUAGUGACCCUUUGUGAUGGGUUUGGUGCAGCACUCAGGAUGCUUUGUGUGACCUCCGUGAUGACAGCAGCCCAACGCCUUGCUGGCUGCCACGUGCGUCUGCACAGGAAAAGAUGCCCUGUUUUGGGUUGGAGGAAAGUUAGUGGCAAUGGGCUGAAGCCUGCUUGGGGUAGGGGCUGGAGGUGCCUCACGGUGCUGACAGAGUCUGGACGAGAUAGACAGAGCCCUGUGCGGGUCUGUGUGUUACAGAGGAGGGCGAGCAGAGAAAUGUGGCACAGCUGGUCAGACCUGUUCCCCGCGCUGGGAUUUUUCCUCCUUUGUCUCUUUCUUCACACUUGGCAAAGAGGGGAGAAAUAGCUGUUGUCUGGCUGGUCUUCUAUGGUUUCGCUCUCCAGGUAUUUUUAGUGUGCUGAUAUAUGGGCAGCCGGGCCCUGACUGCCUGCUCCUUGUUUGUUUUCAAGGAGAGGCAGCUCUGCAGCUCCCCCACAGCCCCGGCUUCCGUGCACAGCCCACGUGGAGUCCAGAACUGCCCCUGGGCACAGCCGCUUGGCAAAUAGGCUCAGACUGCCAUGGGCAGCAGGCUGUCCCCAUCCCACAGCUCCAGGCACUUCUGUGUGCUCCCCCUGCCCAGAGCUGCACAAUGAUCCGAUACUCCCAUUUUUGAGAGGAUGCAGUAGAUGUCAGUCAGCAACACUGCCCAGAAAACAGUACCGUGUCAGCAUGGUCUGAAUUUCCCAGUAUAAUACUUACUGUUUUUUCUUCCCCUCUUAGCUUAAUGAAUGACAUUUUGGUGUUAAAAGAGCCUUUGAGGGCUCCUGUGGCUUUGCUGCAGGAGCAGCCAUCUGCUUUCUGCAGUUGAGUCGUGCAAUGCUCAGGGCUUGGAAUGCUGUUGGUGCAUUGCAGCCGUGUCCUUUGGUGGUUCCAAGGCAGUGAGGAGAGCUCCCAUGCUGGUCCGCCAGUGGCCCCAUGGGGGCUGGUGUUCACCAUGGAGGGAAGAUGGUUUUCCUUCUUUCGGAUACAGGUAAUUCAGUUUGUACAUUUUGGGGGGCAAAAAAUAAAAAAAUAGCACAGUGUGUUGUGGAGGUGAGGAUGGGGUGCUCUCGUUGUACAGUAGUACAGAAUUGAAGCUCAGAUUUGGAUUGCAAAUAGCCUGUGGUGGAGUGAUUCAGCCAAGAAUGGGCAGUGGUUUUGGAUCUCAGUGAGCAGCUGGGACCUACUGAGCAGUCUGACGUACACCACUGAAGUACUGUAUGCUGUGCCACGGAAGGAUGGCUUCCUGGCCCCCCUUCCUCCCAUUUCUCGAAUAUUCUGCUCAACUGUUUUUGUAAUAGGUGCAGUUUUACCCCGACCAAAAUAUACAGAUGAGAAAGCAACGGUAGCGCUGGAGGAUUGGUGGAGGAUUGGUGGAGGAUGCCUUUGGGCCCAGACUGCAGGGGUCAGGAAACACACUGCCACCUCCAUACCGCCUCGCAUGACUGAUGGAAUGGAUGGCUGUGCUUUGUUCUUGCUCAGGCCACGUCUACCUGGCGGCUGCAGACACCCCACGCCUGGCUCUCCCACGGUGCACCUGAGUUGGCUGCAGAGAACCAGGAUGGCUCUGCAGGGCAGCGCUGUGUGGGCUCACCAAAUCAGGCACACAACUUCCGAGAAGCUCUGCGGUCCCAGCGCUGCACCCCACUGUGGGGGAGGUGUUUUUGCUAAGGAGGCACCAGGUACUGACUGCUGCUGCAGGGCAGGGCUCUGCUGUUAGCAACUGAUGCUCAGAAAAAGAGAUGCAAAUCCGUGUCAUUUCUAAGAGGAUCAUUUCAACUUUUAUCUCCUUGGCUCUGUAAGGGAUAAACUUGGUAUUUUCCAAGCGUGUCCCUUCAACUGAAAUUUAGAAACAUUGUGGGAAGAAGCUCUGUGCACAGGUUUCAGCACUACAAAUGAUCGCUUUCACCAUCUAUUGCCAUGCUGCUGAGGUACUCUGUCUGAAGCACGUCACAUACUGUGGCAUUCUGCUUCAGUGCUGUCCCAACAGCUUGGCAUCUGAUGCGAAGCAGAGAUAAACUCAUUUAAAAUACCUUAAUGUGGCAAUAGAAGGCAGUUGUUGAUAGUUACGUUAGUGACAGCGUUGGUUCUCUUCCUUCUCUUGCAGUCGUGGUGCAGUGCGUGCGUUCUGCAGGCAGAUGUAUGGCCCUGUCAUAAACAAGUUCCUUGGGAGUGCACCGAGGCCUGGGGUGCCGCCGGUCCCACGGGGACACUGCUCAGUACUUUUCCAGUUGCACUGUAACUGCUUUGGGUGUGUGUGAUCUGCUGCAAAUGUGGCUGCAGCAGUAAAUGGGACAGAGGGCCUUUUGGGACACACUGGGUGCCUUCUCUGUGUCGGUGACCAAUGCCAUACAGGUUGUUGGUGUUCUCCAUCAGGUUAGAAAUGGCUCGGAUUUUUGGUCAUAGGAACUGGCAGUGUUAUUUGUGCCAGGGCCUGGAAGUACUCCGGUACUGUAACCACACUUAAGCAUACCACAGAACCAUAGAAUGGCCUGGGUUGAAAAGGACCACAAUGAUCAUGGAGUUCCAACCCCCUGCUAUGUGCAGGGUCACCAACCAGCAGACCAGGCUGCCCAGAGCCACAUCCAGCCUGGCCUUGAAUGCCUGCAGGGAUGGGGCAUCCACAGCCUCCUUGGGCAACCUGUUCCAAUGCAUCACCACUGCCUGGGGCCCACAGAGCUGGCUGGGGACCCCAUCCGUAGCUGUACUGAACUGUGCAAAUGCUGGUAAGUCUUUGCAUUUCCUGAGAUUUCAAACCCAAAGGAGAGAUUGCAAUUACUAUUUUCUUUAAUCCCUUCAAAACGUUUUCACACCUGCAUGUUUUUCAGGCUGCUUCACAUCCUGCCGUAAUUCCGAGCCAAGUUAAUGUUUCACACUGGGCUGCAUUAAGUUGGAUAAAGCAGUAUUUCCUCACUCAUUGUGUAACAACAGUUAUCCUUUUACACUGUCCCCACUACGUUAUGCUGAUAAAGACAAAAAAGCAUUGCUUGAUACACAACGCAGGUAAGUUUCUGUUCUGCACUGUCUAUUGCUGAGGCAUUUUUGAGACUGUGAAGCCCAGCCUAUUUGAAGCAAUGAAAGCUGCCUAUCUCCUGGCAAACCUACCACAACUGCUUUGUAAGUGAAACAUAGAGCUAAGCCACGUAAACAUCAGUGAUUUUUCCACCUUGCUUUGUUUCUCCCCAAAGCAGAAAAUACUUGGUCCUUGGAAAUUGGUCUCAGAGAUUAUUCAAAUGCUGUAUGAUUAAGCCUUUCAGAGAUGUCCUUUCCAAGGAGGCACCAAGCACUUCCACUCCUGGGCCUGAUGCAGCUGACAAGUGUGUGCUCACGUGGCUGUGUGCUGAAGAGGACGUGGUGGCUGAGCGCUGGUGGGGCUGGGACUCGAGGUGUAACACAGCAAGAGCCUCAGGUUGUAUUAUCUCUAAGAUGAAGUUAAGAAGAUGCACAAGAAUCAAGAUGUGAUCAUUGGGGGCUGAUGUGCACGCAGAUAAAGUAGCAUUUUCAGUUCUCUGCUAGCACGGAUCAGCCUAUUAAGGAAUCAUCCCCCAGAGCAUUGGCCGGCUCCAGGAGGAUCCCCACCAGCUGCAUUGCCGUGGAGCAGAGCCUGGCCCAUACGGAGACAGAGCCAGAACCACAACCACAGAAGAGCAGAGCAAAUACUGAAAUCAUCCCCAGAGAUGUUCUGCAGAUAUUUUUGUUUCUUCAGUCUGUGUCUUUUCCUUCAAACACAAAGGAAAUGCUCACUGGGACGUGCAUCCAGCUUGGGUGGCAGUGACGCAGCAUCCCUCCCUGGAUUUGAGAACCUCACAAUGGGAUACAACAAAUACCUCAGGCCCUACUUUGGUGGAGAACCUGUUCAAAUUGCAAUGAGCCUGGACAUUGCCAGUAUUUCCAGUAUAUCCGAGAGUGACAUGGAUUACACAGCUACCAUCUACUUGCGGCAGCGCUGGACAGAUCCCCGCUUAGUCUUUCAUGGCAACAAAAGCUUCACGCUGGAUGCUCGUCUAGUGGAAUUGCUCUGGGUACCAGACACGUACAUUGUGGAGUCAAAAAGGUCCUUCCUGCACGAUGUCACUGUGGGGAACCGCCUCAUCAGAUUGUUCUCUAAUGGCACUAUCUUAUAUGCCUUAAGAAUUACUACUACUGUUGCUUGUAACAUGGACCUGUCAAAGUAUCCCAUGGACACACAGACAUGCAGACUGCAGCUAGAGAGCUGGGGAUAUGAUGAAAAUGAUGUCAUCUUCACAUGGUUGAGAGGAAAUGACUCUGUCCAUGGCAUAGAAAAGUUGCGGUUGUCUCAGUACACAGUGGAACGUUACUACACCCUCAUCUCAAAGUCACAGCAGGAAACAGGCAGUUACCCACGACUAAUACUGCAGUUUGAGCUGAGAAGAAAUGUCCUUUACUUCAUUUUGGAGACCUAUGUGCCAUCUACUCUGCUUGUUAUGCUGUCCUGGGUUUCUUUUUGGAUCACGCUGGAUUCAGUGCCUGCAAGAACCUGCAUUGGAGUAACAACUGUGCUUUCCAUGACAACUCUGAUGAUUGGCUCACGAAGUUCACUUUCAAAAACCAACUGUUUUAUUAAGGCCAUUGAUGUUUACCUUGGCAUCUGCUUCACCUUCAUCUUUGGUGCCCUCGUGGAAUAUGCAGUUGCUCACUACAGCUCUUCACAAAAACAUACAGCUAAAACACCUCAACAGGGGCCUGCAAAUGAACUUACUAAAGAAAUGGAAGAAAUCAACAUCACUAGCAUCCUCAGCAGCUCCAUCACCAGCUAUAAGAAGCAAAUCAGUUUUACAGGCAUUGAGAUUUCCAGUGAUAAUAUUAACUGCAGUGACUUGACUAUGAAAACUCAUGAGAAAAUCAAAUGCUUCUUGAGAAACAAAAUGUCCAGGAUUAUCGGUUAUUUCACAAUUCAGAACCCCAGUAAUGUAGACCACUACUCUAAACUGCUUUUUCCGUUGUUUUUUAUGCUGGUCAAUGUGUUUUAUUGGGCUUAUUAUUUAUAUUUUUAGUAGGAAUGGGUUUUCGUGUUCUCCCACUUCAGUGGGAAAGGAAUCCUGCCAAUGGUCAUCUAGGUAUCUAACCCCAGUGAAUCCAGCAUAGACAAAAUGUUCUGUGUUUCCUGAGGUCUGGAGCAAAAGAGUGGAUGGGGUAUGUGAGAUGCAAAGUCUUCAUGCUUCAGCAUUAGCAACAAUGACUGUGGACACUUGCUUGUUCAGCCGAGUGGCUUUGCUGGGCUCUUGGCUGGUAUGGGCUCUUCAUUCCAGCAUCCAGCUUCUCUGGCCAGGGAUGGAUAUGUAGGACUGCAUGUGGCAGUCCACAGAUUACUAGAGGUAGCAAAAUUAUCCUGAUAACCUGAAGUGGAUUGGAACCUACCUUCUUGUUCAGAUCUCUAUGAGGAUGUAUGAUUAUAGCUGUUCUGUGUUUGCCAGAGAUAACAGUAGCAGAGAGACUGUGACUGCCAUCUCAAUAGCUCCUCUGUUCAAAUAAGUGAACCCAAAGGCAGCAGUGUGCUGUGCGCAGAGGAAUGGCUCCCGUGCACGGUACUUCCCUGUCCCGGGGGUGAUGCAGUGCCAGAGCAGUGAUUUCAGUAAUGCUGGCAGCAGCAAAGUUGUAUGCCUUGCUGUUUUUAAUACCUGGCAGACUCGGUGAGGUAAUCCUCAUUUGCUGAAGUUACCCAUCCCUGAGACAGAUGGAUGGGCUCUUCAUUUGUAAAGAUGUUGUUGUUGCUGUUGUUUGUUUUGCUUUUUUUCCCCCCCAGAGUUUUGGGUACAGAGUCUAUGGGCAACAAAAGCCUUUUAUAACACAUCUCACACUCUUCCUGUUGCACUGCUUACUGUUGUGCUGCAGUUGAGCAGACUUCACUCCCUUCCUUGUCUUCCUCACAAAUAGAUUGUUCUUCAUCCUGGAGAGUGCCUUCAGCCUUCACUGUUAUAAGUAGCCCUUGUUUCUUGUCAGUCCUGCAAGAGGGGCCAAUUUGCUGUCCCUCUUUAUAUAUGGUUCUGCAGCUGUGGCGAGUCAGCAGCUUUGUUGGGUGAAAAAUCCAUGAGUGGGGAUAAAGGCACAAUGAUCCAAAUCAGCUUUUUCCUCUCUAUUUAAGUCUGACAAAGUGUUAGGUUUCUGCAGAAAUUCAUAUCCUAAGCAAGCUGUGGAAACUGCCAGUUGGCUUCACUUACACUGCAACUAACAGGACCGAGAGCUCUGUUAUAGAAAUAAAUGAGAUACACCCCUCAAAUGCUGAAUGGGAACCAAAUGGCACUUGGUACUGUGUAUCUUCAGGCUAUUAGAAGGGUCUUCAUUUCCCGAUUUUAAAAUCAAUGUUUUAUGGCAGACUUUUUUCCCUCCUUUUUGGUUCAUGCAACUUUCAUUGCUUUGAGAGUAUCAUCUUGCAGUUUUGUAGGCAAAACAGUAAUUGCCUGUAGUGGCUGCCAGUCAGCAGGAGUUUGGGCUGAACGAGGUCUCUCAGCAUGCAGUUUAUAUUCUAGUCUCAUGCAUGCAGGCGUCUCUUACUGGGACUUGCUAUAGAAGGUGGGCAAAGCACGUGAAACUAUAGAUUAUUAUUUUUUUUUUACUUUAAUAACUUUUUAUUGAACCACCUCACCACGCUAUAUUGUGAAGGAUCUAAGCCACAUAUUCAUAAAUCAUAGAUUUUACAAAGAGCAGCACAAAAAGACAAAGGGGAACAGACUUACAGUGGCAAGUGAAUAAACACAAACUCUAAUAAUGAAAUGUUGGCUUGUAUAUACUGGCAUUUAAACUCCAUUCCAUAAAAUGUAAUAAAGUGAAUAUUGGUGAUAUGAACACAAACCCCCAGAGAGAUCCUCUAUUAAAAAAAAAAAAUCAUUGCCUUCUUACUGUGUCAAUUUCUUUCUUUAAAACCCAACUAAAAUGCCCUUGUGCGCUCCGUAACAGCUGCCAAAUAUUAAUGUUAACAAAAGGAAUUUCUUUGUACAUUAUAGCAGAAGACGUAUGAAUUGCCUGAGCUGCCACUCUCAAUGCUUGCUUUCCAUUGAUGCUGCUUUUCUAUUUUACUUUUUUAUUAUUCUAUGGCUUUGAGGUUGCUCAGGACUGGUUCUAAGUUACCCAUCUGUGCAGCAAAGUGUCCUUCACAGACUGGGAACAGUGAAAGGCAUGUUGUCUUGAAAAGCAUCAGCUCUAUCUAUCUGCUGAUUUUUAAAUGCAUAGAGGGAGGAAGAGAAAAUGGUAAGGUAAGAGAAGAAUUUUUUUUUUCAGUGCCAUAUGAAAAUAUUACUAAGAAGCUACUGGAGUGGACAAAGAAAACAUCUAACUUAAAAAACAAACAAACUCAGUAUAUAGAAAGUAUGCGUUCCUGCUUUAUUUGCUCUAAUAGAUCAUUUUUACUACUAGUAAUGGACUUUGCUGCAUUAUAAAUAUUACAUCACAUGUUUGGCUGCUGUAACAUGAGGUCCUACGUCUGUGGCCUGAGCAGUCCUGAGGCCAAUUUCAGCAGUCAAACCCACUCUCAGCAAGGAAUAGAUAGCAAAAGUACGAGACAAAGUAAGUAAGCCACCUAUGCUUCAUCUUACUGCAGGUACUACAGGUUGGGCAUACUGGAGGGACCAAAGUUCAUUUUUGCAAUUGCACAUUCUAUAUUGAAGCAAGUCAACUCAACUUCCCCAGUACCCUGGAGUAGCCCCAUGUUAUUGCUGGUAUUGCUGUGGUCCCACAUAUGGUUCUUGGUGGAGACAGAUGACCAUCAUGAGCCCAUUUUUCUUCUUCAGAGCGGUCAGGAUGGUGCACUGCAUGAUCCUGUCCCUUUCAGAUGUUGUCUAACAUAAGCUAGAAGCACCACUAAGUUCAAGAUGGGAGACUUUCAUAUUCUGAUAGAUAUAUAGUACAGUGCAAUUUCUGUUUCUGGUUUCCAAAGGUAAGCCCUGAUACCUUGACAGACAUCAAAUGGAAAUCCUCCUUUUGCACAAAGAACUGCUAUGUAACACGUACACUGCUGGUGAGAGCAAGGCCACAGGUAAGCCCUGCACACAGGCUCUGGUUUGCUUAAGGGGCCAGCCUUGUUGUAUGCUUCAUAGGGAACAAGAGGAGUUCUAAGCAGCAGCCCACUCUCUGAAAGAUCCCUGGUCUCCAAGUUAACCUGAGCUGGGAGCUGUUUCAUCUCCCACUGCUGGACAGCACUGGCACCACAGAUGUGGAAGAGCUACAGGACCCAAUAUCUGCCCCUAAUAUUCCCUGUUCUAUCAUGGUGCCAAUUUGUUUGUGCUCUUGGCCAAAUGGAAAUGUAUGAAGGAAAAGACUGACCUGCUUUUUCUGAGAUGAUUUUGCAGGGAUGGUCUGGUUUGCUAUAGCCUUUCCUUACAAGUAUUUCCUGAAGCCGUAACUUUUGGAUUUUAUUUUUUUUUAAAUAAACAUUUGCAUGCACUUCAAGCCUUUGCAGAGAGAUGGUUGUGAAUGCAUUUAUAGAAUCCUUUAGGUUAAAAAAGACCCACAGGAAAACAUGCUGCCUUCAGGUGAUGCAAAUGCUGUAUCUGGUGCAACCCAGAGAAAAAUUAUGCCUUAAAGUAUGCUAUGUAGAGUUGUCGUAGCUAGUGUGGACCAAAAGCAGUCAAGCCACAACAGCAUCAAGUAUUUUGGGGAUUAUCUGACUAGUUUAAAAUAUGAAACCACUGUACUAUAGAGAAGGGUUUGAACAGAUUACCACAGCCCUUGUCUAGUGCUAAUGUGUAUGUUAGAGAGUAACUGACUGAUACAUACAUAUCAUCUUCAAGUGCAUCCCAGCGUCAUCCUGCUUCCUUCCACAUCCCCCACCUUUGUUUUUCCCAACUCUUCUCGUGCCCUCUUCACCCCAGCACAAGCAGGUCCUGUGCUGCAGCAGCCAGCAGCCUGAGCUUGUAGAUUAUUUUUGCAUUUUCAGGAGGAUGAUGUGUUCAGCUAAGGAAUCCUAUUGUUUCAGAACAUGUGGUUUACAUUAUGAUUUCUGAAAGGUAUUUCUAUACAUAUAUGCUACCAUCCGCUGCUUGCAUUUUUAAAAGGUUAAUUCCAUCUCAAACCUAUUAAUUGAAUGAGUAGCAGAAAGCACUUAUUUGCUUAUGGCAUUUAGUGUCACAGCACACAGCUAGCUAGAAAACCAUCUUUCCUUGCAAAAGCUAUAUAAUGCUGGUAAUUAGCAGAGUUACGCUCCACAUUUUCAAUGAAAUAACUUUUCAUUGUUUUACAUUAUGAUCUACUGUUAAAUCUAGAAUCAGAAAAUGGGCUUCUUGUAAAUCUGAGGUGAGUAUUAAGUCUGUAAUGAAUGUUUCUUACUUUCGAGUUCUGUGUCCUAAACAGUACAGUUCUCAGGAAAGUUCCUGUGGUCUAAAUCUGUUUUCAGUUGUCAUGCUAGAUGAGCACUCCAGAGAAUUCAGUUUUGAACUGCAAGCUGCUUUGUUUGGAAUAAGGUAUCUGUUAUGUCUAAUUUUCUUGGUUAGGUUAAUGCAGAUGCUUUUGAUUGCAAACAAGAAAGCCUUAUUUUGAAAGUAUACACACAAAGCUAACAUAUGGGUGAUCGUUUCUCCCGAUAAGCAAUACUAACAGAAGACUUACGAACUGUGAACUCAGAGAAGGAAAGCGAAUUAAAUUUUAGGUGUUGUGGUGAAAAUGUUAAGUCACAACCUGAAACAGUGAUUGAGCACCUGGUGGGAAGGCAGGGCCAACCCAAGGGAGCUCAGGUGCAAGCAGUACACCUGAGUGACUGGAAGGGGUGGAGCCAGCAUCCACCCCUUCCCAGACCUCAUUGAAGGGUUGGCAGUGAGGGCAUCUC